GGCUCUCUAGGCUGACUGGGAGGGAGGGGAGAAGUUUGCAUGCAUUUAUCCUAAGCCUGUUGCUUUUGCUCCUAAAUCUCUCUGACGGACUGAGAGAGUGAAUGUUUUGCAGAAAGUUUUAUUAUCUGAUGUGAUUGCGAAGGGAAAGGAGUAUGUGACUGACAGAGGAUAUCGAAGCUUUGGCUGACAUAUUUUGCUUUAAAGCAAAUAUCUCUCUGCUGUCUGAGCCUGACCCAACAAGGACAGGAAAGGAGAGAACGAAUGAUCUCAAGGCUCUUCACUCUCAUUAGCAGUGUCUCAUCAAGAAACUCACACUAUGUUUAUCAGUUGCAUUUUAAAUCAUCCCUGCCUGCUUCUAGAAAGGGAAACACUAUGAGAUUUUUGUUUUGUUUCUGCUUUCAUGAGACUACGAAGAGACGUUUAUUAAGUAUGGCAUUGCCGGCGGGAGCUAAGGUGAUGGAACUGAUCUGACUUCCAACAGGUCUCAGGAGCAGCCUAACUGUCUUCUCCAGUAACAAGGCCUGGGGUCAUCAUGGCAGCAGGAGUAGCAGCAUGGUUGCCCUUUGCCAGAGCAGCCGCCAUAGGAUGGAUGCCAGUGGCCAACUGUCCCAUGCCACUGGCUCCAACGGAGAAAAACAAGAGGCAGGAUGAGCUGAUCAUUCUCAAUGUGAGUGGCAGGCGCUUCCAGACCUGGAGGACUACACUGGAGAGAUACCCGGACACUCUCCUGGGCAGCACUGAGAAGGAGUUCUUCUUCAACGAAGACACUAAGGAGUACUUCUUUGACCGGGACCCUGAGGUCUUUAGGUGCAUCUUAAAUUUUUAUAGAACUGGCAAGCUGCACUAUCCCAGGUACGAGUGCAUCUCUGCUUAUGACGAAGAGCUUGCCUUCUAUGGGAUCCUCCCUGAAAUCAUUGGGGACUGCUGCUAUGAAGAGUACAAAGACAGAAAGCGGGAAAACGCGGAGCGGCUGAUGGAUGACAAUGACUCAGAAAACAACCAAGAAGGGUCCAUGCCAUCCCUGAGCUUCCGGCAGACCAUGUGGCGAGCCUUUGAGAACCCCCACACCAGCACCUUAGCCUUAGUCUUUUACUAUGUCACCGGUUUCUUUAUUGCUGUCUCUGUGAUCACUAAUGUCGUGGAAACUGUCCCUUGUGGCACGGUGCCUGGGAACAAGGAGCUUCCAUGUGGGGAAAGAUAUGCUGUGGCUUUCUUUUGCUUGGACACGGCUUGCGUGAUGAUUUUCACAGUUGAGUAUCUGUUGAGACUCUUUGCGGCCCCAAGUCGCUACAGAUUCAUUAGAAGUGUGAUGAGCAUCAUUGACGUGGUGGCCAUCAUGCCGUACUACAUUGGCUUGGUGAUGACCAACAAUGAGGAUGUCAGCGGAGCCUUUGUGACACUAAGGGUUUUUAGGGUUUUCAGGAUUUUCAAGUUCUCUCGCCAUUCCCAAGGCUUAAGAAUCUUGGGCUACACUUUGAAGAGCUGUGCCUCCGAGCUUGGCUUUCUCCUCUUUUCCCUCACUAUGGCAAUCAUCAUCUUUGCAACUGUGAUGUUUUAUGCAGAGAAAGGGUCGUCGGCAAGCAAAUUCACCAGUAUUCCUGCUUCCUUUUGGUACACUAUUGUAACCAUGACAACACUGGGUUAUGGUGACAUGGUGCCCAAGACAAUUGCUGGGAAGAUAUUUGGCUCCAUUUGCUCCCUGAGUGGGGUGCUGGUCAUUGCUCUGCCGGUUCCAGUCAUUGUUUCCAACUUCAGCCGAAUUUACCACCAGAACCAGAGAGCCGACAAGCGGAGAGCGCAGAAGAAAGCCCGGCUUGCACGGAUUCGAGUGGCCAAAACAGGCAGCUCCAACGCUUACCUUCACAGCAAGCGCAACGGCCUCCUGAACGAAGCCCUCGAGCUGACGGGAUCAACUGAAGAUGAACAGCAUAUGACUAAAGGCACCUCCUUAAUUGAAAGCCAACAUCACCACCUGCUGCACUGCCUGGAAAAAACAACCGGAUUGUCCUAUCUUGUGGAUGAUCCCCUGUUAUCUGUACGAACUUCCACCAUCAAGAACCAUGAGUUCAUAGAUGAGCAACUGUUCGAGCAGAACUGCAUGGAGAGCUCAAUGCAAAACUAUCCAUCUUCUCGGAGCCCCUCCUUGUCAAGUCACCAUGGCCUGACCACCUCCUGCUGUUCUCGCCGUAACAAGAAGACCACCCACCUUCCCAACUCCAGUGUGCCAGCCACUCGCCUCCGGAGUAUGCAGGAGCUCAGCACCAUCCACAUCCAGUGCAGUGAGCAGCCCUCACUUACAACAAGUCGUUCCAGUCUCAACAUGAAAUCAGAUGAUGGGCUGAGACCGAACUGCAAAACUGCCCAGAUAACGACAGCCAUCAUCAGCAUCCCCACGCCACCGGCACUCACGCCAGAAGGUGAGAGUAGGCCUCCGCCCAGCAGCCCCGGCCACUCCACGAACAUUUCCACCACCACCACAAGCAACAUAGUCAAGGUCUCUGCCUUGUAAGACGUCUCAUGCACAGAAGGAGGCUGGAAGACCAGUGCCCCUCUCCCUCCACACCUCCAUGUUCCUUUCUUGCUGCAAAUUGUGCCUGGAUGGACCAACCCGACAUUUCGUCAUCGAAUUAGCAAUGAAGACCUAAUGAGGCAGCUUUCUUCAGACUCGCAUUCAUGCUGUGGACUGAGGAAGGAUUAGGAAAGGGAGGAAGAGGCUGGUUAAAGGAAAAACCUGCAUGGAGAGCGUGUUGUGCCAUGGUACAGGGCAAAAAUCACCUGCAGAGGCUCGAGGGAAAGAAUCAUCAUGGCAACAAGAGAGUCAAUAAAGAAAACAGAAAUAUAACACUGUGUAUCGCAGCACCUUUUUAAAGGUUUUUAAUGGAUAAUAUUUAUUCAUGAGGAAAUGACUGAAAAGGUGAAAAACAAUGGAUUUUGUGAAUUUUUUUUCUUCAUGGAGCAGAACCUUUAAACCAACCAAAAUUUCACAUUUUUUUUCUUUUAUAGGAAAAGAUUUAGACAAAGAAGCCACCUGUCACAGAAAUCUAUUUCCAUUCCUCUGUGUGUGUGCGUGCGAGUGUACAGCAGAACCACAUCAGAGCCACACUGAAUUACAAAGAGCAGAGCAUGUGUCCAUGAUUGGGUGCACAGUAGAAAAAUUCAAGCUUGUGUCAGCACAUAUACGUGCACACGCACACACACACACACAACUAUUUCACCCUGGAUGGCAUUCUUUAUUUAGACAAUUUUGUAUCCGCCUUUUAAGUCAAUACAGUGCAAUUGCAAACAGUGUGUUUGUCUGCUAAUUAUUGUCUGUGAAAACAUAUUUGUGGAAAAAAAAAAAAAGACAGGCUUUAGUAGAGUUUUAGUCCCACAUGGGUAUCUGCUUUCUAUUUUUGUUAUCACUUACUUGUAAGAGUGUGACUAGACUACCAGUUCUGUAUUUUUAAAAAGGAAAAAAAAAAAAGUAGGAUUCUUUUUUAAUACUGUACACACAAAUGGCAAAGAAUGAGAAAGCACCGAACUCAACUGCAUCAAGCGUUCAUAAGUCUAACAGGUUUCUUGUAAUGUAUGCCCAUGCUUUUUAAUUUUUGUUUUCUAUAUAUAAAUUUCUUUGCUAGCACUGGACAUACAACCCAUUGUAAAUAGUAGCCAAAUAAUGUCUGGAUCUAUACUUGAUAAUAAUUAACCCGAGAGCCAAAUAUCUUGCAUGGACAGGGAGGUAUUUGGCUUUUUCACAGUCUUAGGGCUCCAGUUGUCUCAUCAAUGGCUUCUGGGUGGCACUGAUUUUGGGGGCAGACUAGGUUAGCAAUUUUAGUUCUCCAGUCCCAGCACAGGAUCUACAGCAUGCAUCCACUUGAGAAACGGGAGCAGUACUGGAGUUUGGAAAGUGUGGUACAGACAGCAUUUUCUUUUUGCAGUUCUACACUUAGUUUGGGAAUUCGCGCACUUCUAGUCAACCAAAAACAGAAGUAGCACUGUGUGGUACUGCCAAGAAGCUAAUACUUCUAACUAAGCUGUGGUCAGUCCUAGCACCUCUUUCUGAGAGCCUUCUAGGAAUGAUUUAUUGUAAGGAAAUACAUGGUCCUGAAACAUCACUGAUUUUUCCCCCCUUAAGAAGAGUAACUUUUUUCUUCCAUUCUGCCUUUCUCAAGUCCCCUUUUCAUAACAGGUGUGAUCCACGAAGGGCAGAGUGAGGAACAUCAUCCACCUUUUCACUUGUCAUACACGGUUUGGCUAAUUAUUGUGGUCACGCACAAAUGCCUCUUCAAGGCCCUAUACCCACGAAUGGUGAUGCACCUAGCCCCCAACAGCUUGUAGAUAAUAAGGAAACAUUUCAAGUGUCCUGUUUCUGAACAGUGAUUUUACCAACAUUAGAGUUAAAAGAACUACUCAAAGCAUGUUUGAGGCUGCUUCAGCAAAGGGAUGACUUUUUUUUAACAUCUGUCAUAAUCUAUCCUGAUGUAAUAUUUAUAUACACAUAUACACGCAUACACAUAUAAAUAAAUACAGACACAUACAUGUAUAGAUAGAUAAAUAGACCUACAUGCUGACUUAAACAUAUGAGCUAGCAAUCUGCUUUGUUAGCACUCCUAACCUAUUAGUCUGUAGAGUGGACUCAGAUGGCUGAUGCAUUAACUCAAUACCCUCCUUAGAAACCUACAACAUUCUAGGAAUAUUAGGGCUAUGGCUAAGCCUUCAGUAGCUGCACCAGCUUAUAGUCAUUUAUUCCAGUGCUGUAAUACGUUACCCAAAACUAUGUUUAGUCCUGUUUUAAAUGAUUAAAAUGCUCUGCCUUUGCUGCUUCCUGUA